AUGGGAUGCACUGUUGUAUUUAUUACUUUACAAAUUGCCAAUUCAUUUCCUAGCCUUUCAAUACGGGAACGAAAGUUAGCUGCCGAUGUACAUGCUUCAGCUCUAGAUGGACAAGCUAAUAAGUAUAUGCACAACAACGAUUCAAACCUCUACAGGGCUAAUUCCGGUAACCAUGCUCAAUUAGUACAAACGCCCAACAAAUCUGUGAACUAUUUACCUCAGGGGGAAGUGAAAGAUCCGCAAAAGAACUACAUGAGACCACCACGAAAGAGUAGAAAGAACGAGUUCUACGAAAAUAUCAUAGUUCAUUUCGAUCUGAAGGGAGCACCACCUCGGGUACCGUACUUUAUGGAACUGCUCGAUCUUGUUGCACGAGCUGGAGCUACAGGGGUCCUGCUAGAAUGGGAAGAAAUGUUUCCAUGGAAAGGUCGAUUAGCAGUGGCAAGAGGUGCUGAGGCAUACUCACUCAAUGACGUACGGGCUAUACUAUUCAAAGCAAAGAGCCUAAAUCUUGACAUAAUUCCGCUGGUGCAAACGUUUGGUCAUUUGGAAUGGUUUUUGAAGUUAGAAGAGUUUCGAAAGUACAGGGAGAAUGAUGCCUAUCCGCAGGUACUAUGUUUGGGUGAUCAAGAUGGUGUUGCUAUAGUCAAGGAGGCUCUGAAGCAAGUGAUAGAUGUCCACAAGGAGUUCGGCAUCAAAUAUUUCCAUAUCGGAGCGGAUGAGGCAUUCGAGGACAUCGCUGAGUAUGUAAGAAGCCAAACGGAUGGAGCAACAGUCCUCGCCUGGCAUGAUAUGCUGAAGGAGUUUGACCUAAGCCUUAUUGGUUUUUUGGGACUCGGACGAAUCAUUGAGCCAGUCAUUUGGGACUAUUCUGAAGAGGUCACAAUGCCAGAACAAGCCUUUUCUGCACUGGCUGAUAAUUUUCCGAUUGUGUGGGCGUCUUCUGCUUACAAAGGGGCGAACUUCCCUUCUGCUAAGUACAUUGAUAUAUUGCAUUAUGAAACGAAUAAUAAUGCUUGGAUUGAAGCAAAAAGACUUACGAAGGUAAAUUCGAGAAAUUCCACGGCAUUAUUCUGGCGGGAUGGCAGAGGUAAGACAGAACUUUUCCAUUAUAUUAGAUACGAUCACAUGGCUGCAAUAUGUGAGACCUUACCGGUAGGUACUCUAUCAAUGGUGUUGAAUGUGCAAGUCGCAUUGUUGGGCAGGAAAGAUCAACAUUUGGCAAGGGAUAGAGCAGCCCAAAUUCUUGGCUGUAACCGGUUCUACGUGGGCGGUUUAGAUCUGGUCAGCCAGAGCUGUAACUUUACAGGGUUUCAAGUGUAUUCCUUGUUCCAAGGAUCUGCUAGGAGUACGAUCAAGUAUAUAGAAUCAGAACUUGACAAAAGCCAUUCAAUCAAAGGUUGGCUGUCGCCAUACAGCAUGCGGUACAAUUUUACUCAGAACUGGUAUCUCAAGGACAUCAAGAACCUUGUGCAAAUGCUACAAAUGGAAAUAAAGUCAAUAGAACAAGCACUGAGAAGAGAGCUUUCAAUGUUGUUUUUUCCAAAUACCGUGGACGAAUUCAUAUAUCUUUCAAUAUCACCAACCAUAGAUCGAUUGAAGAAGUAUGAAGACGAAAUUGAGAGGCUCUCGAAAAUACGAUCAUGGCCGAAACGGCCAUUCCCAAUCAAAAGCUAG